AUGAAGAUUGGUGUACGGGAGGUUUGCUUGUUCUUGCUGAUCAUAAUAUGCUCAUGGGAUCUAGUCAAUGCAGCUCCAAAAAAGAUCGUCUGCUACUACACCAACUGGGCCCAGUAUCGUACAGGCAUUGGCCGGUACACUCCGGAUGACAUUCAGCCCGGUCUGUGUACACACAUCAUCUUUGCCUUCGCCAAGGUGGCCCAGGACCCGGAGACCAAAGAGUAUACUCAACUCCUUAACUUUGAGUGGAACGACCUGGCCAUGUACAAGAGGGUGACAGCUCUUAAGUCCCCCGGGGUCAAAGUUCUCCUUGCCGUAGGGGGGUGGACCCACGGAGUGUGGUUAUUUAAUCAAAUGGCAAGCAAGAAAUCAACCAGAAAAACAUUUAUCAAAAACGCAAUCGCUUUUCUCCGUAAGCACAAUUUUGAUGGUCUCGAUUACGACUGGGAGUAUCCGAAAGGUGACUCGAAAGAGAAAUUUGCGGCGUUAGUUCAGGAAACUCGCAAGUUCUUCGAAGAGGAAGGCCAAGACCAGAAUAAAGAGCGACUUUUAGUCAGCGCUGCCAUGGCGCCAUUGUUGGAUGUUAUAGAUGACGGAUACGAUAUACCACUUUUGGCAGA